CCCUCCCGCCGCGGAACGUUUGGAGGCCGGAACCUGCCGUCCGCCCGGCGGGGAAGAGGCGGGGGAAGACAAACGAGCGGACGCGACGGCGCCGCCAUUGCACAGGUUCCGCUCCCGCCGCCGCCGCCAGUCCCGGCCAUGUACCGGCCGGGAUUCCGCGCACCGACACCUCCCUACGCGGGUGGCGGCUUCCGGAGCCCUCCCUCCGGCGGAGGACCCCUGCCGCCCUCUCCGCGGGGCUACGGGAGCCCCCACCGCACGCCGCCCUACGGCCACCGGCCCGGGCCCUACGGCAGCGGCCUCUCGCCCCGCGGCGCCGGGUUCCACGGGCGCUUCGGGAGCCCCUCGCCGGGGGCGCAGACCCCGCGCAGGCCGCAGAGCGCCAGCCCCCGGUACCCGGCUCCGUACGGCGGCACGUCCCCGGCCGGGGCGCCUCUGCACCCGCCGCCGCAGCACAAGCGCUCGCCCGGCGGCUUCCAGAGGCACUUCCAGGGAUCACCCAGGACAUCUACUCCAUUUGGUACAGCGCAUGGCAGAGAGAAAAGAGUCUCUAAUGAUGUGGAAAACUAUUACAGACCUUCAAUGCUUGAGGACCCAUGGGCUGGCCUAGAGCCAGUGUCUGUUACAGACAUAAACCAGCAAUACAGCAGUGAGCAGACAACAUGUACUGGCAAAAAAGGGAGGUAUUUCAGCUAACACUUUUAAAGGCCAAACAGUUCCAUCUUGUCAGGAAAACUUUGGGACAGAAUCUUUACACUUACACAAGAUGAACAAUAAUCAAGACCUUAGAUAAUACUUUUAUUUCAUCACAUGUCCACCCUUUUAUCCUACCUUUUUUUAUUGCAUUGGAUAUUUUUAUGUAUGGGAGGCAAAAGGAGUGGUAGGAAAACUUACAUUUCUGGCUAUGUGGAAGUGCCUGCCAGCUCUGAAGAACAGUGUUCUUUAAUCACCAGCGACUGAUUUGUGACUGUUAAAGCAAGUUUUCAUAUACUUACCUCUCCCAAGCCAGACUGUUGGCCUUCUACUGUAAAGUCUUUUAGGAAGUGGUAUUUCUUAUGUUUCAAAAUUUUUAGAUUGAAAUAACUUGGAAAUAAAAUAAAGUUUUGUAAAUCCUUGUUUUGUAAUGUAUAAAGAGUAUUUUAGGAGCUUUGUUAAGGUGAACACAUUAACACAGUAAUUCACAACACUGAAAUUAGGUGACUUCUGUGUUUGUAUGGUGUAGUUAACAUCUGGUUUUGUGCAUAAUAAUUUUUGUUAAUUGCAGUGUAAUGUGAAAUUGAAACAUGACUUAUAGCCAUCUCAGGAAACAAAUGUAUUGGUUUUGGAAAGUUUAAUUUGUUGAACAAACUCAAAUCACAAACUUAAUUCUGGAAUUACUUGCUUUUGUGUUUAAAAAUAUUAUAUAUUUGGAUCAAUAUUAGAAAUUUCUGGAUUAUAGUAACAAGUCUGCUCAUUGACAAUUUUAAGUCUAAGAAACACAUAAAACAUCAAGCUUAAGUAAAUGCAAAUUUUCUUUCUGGAUCCACCUGCUAGAAUUGUAGAGAAUGAGUGACAGUUUUUGUUACACAGUUGACAUUAGUACAUGCAUAGCAUCUUUUUUUAAUCCAUUUUAUAUUUUUCAAUUAUUUUUUAUUUUUACUUAGAGCAGGCAUCAUUGCCAGGAGAAUUGAUUUGUGUGUGUACAUGAUAUAUUUUUAUACUGAAGAGGAAAGCAAUGCUUUGAGUUUUUUAGAGCUUGUCUUUGCAUGGAAGAUCCAUGCUUAAAUUCAGGAGUGAAUAUCAUAAUCUAGAAUAAAAAAGACAUAGUUCCAGCUGCAGGCAUGUUCUUAAUUUGCCAUGUUACAGCUGCAGUAGUUAGAUAAAUUUGUUGUUGAACUUAACACUAUUUGUUUGUUGAUCUUGGCUUUUAAACCAAGGUAGAGUGUAAAAUCUUUGUUAGAUAAAACCGUUAGUUUAGUUUUCAAAAUGCAUGUGUUCUUUUAAGCUUCUUAUGUACUCAAAACUUAUUUUUGUAGUCCUGAGGCAGGAUUAGGUAGAGAAGCACAGGAAAUCCCAUUAAACGGUUCUUAGCAGCUUGUCUUUUUGCUGAGGUAGAAUUGUCCUCUGUACUCUUUAUCUGUUUCAGCAUAGGAUGUGUUAGGUUAAUACUGCCUUCAGGAACAACUUCAGACUCUGAGGGGAGCUUAAUAUGUUCAAAUGUUCUGAGUCUCUUGUACUCUUAGGACCACAGUCUAAAGUAUGUCACUUGUGUGUCUAUUAUUUUAGUAUUAUAUCCAAAAAGGCUGCCUCAAGAACUGAGAACAUAAAGCCUGCUGGAUAUCAAGAAGGGUGAAAUCUUCAUCCCAGAAUCAAAAACUGGUGCCUUAAAUGGCAGCUAUCAGUGUUGUUUUCUUUAAUAGGUACCGGCUAAACUGAGAUGACUUGACAAGUUGUAGAAUUUAUACAUACGUUAAUCAACAUCAUUGUGAAAACUGAAGUGUAAAUUUUUCUUUCAUUUUUUGUUUUUUCAACCUUGUCAGGUGCUGUUAAGCUCACAGAAAAAAAAAAAAAGUAGCAAUGUGCUUAAUCAAGUGCCCUGUUUCUUUGCCGUUUCCCAUGUAAUUGAAAUGCAGUUUAUUUUUUGUAAUAUUUGGUGAUCUUGGAGAAACAAAUAUAAUUUUAUUUUAGAGAGUAAAUCCAUGAUGUCUUCUCAGUUAGAUGUGAUGAGAGUCUCAGUUUGGAAGGGAGAAAGGAAAGGUGAGGGAUUCCUGAGAGAAAAGAGACUGUUAGAGGUGGGACUUCUUACAGAGUAGCCAGUAUGAGCUGCCCUUGCACAUUGCAAGGAUGGGUUUUUCCACUUUGGCAUUGCAGUUGACCCAGGCAUCAACUGGAACCAGGUGUCAGACGUCGGUGAAGGUAAAUCUUCCAGAAAGAGAACUGAGAAAAUAAUUGUGAAACACUGUGUAAUCCAUGCAGACCUUCCACUAUGUCAUCUGUUAAAUUGCUGCUUCAGUGCACUUCAGGAUAUGACUCAACAAUUUUAAGUACAUCAUGCUGCUAAAGUCAUGCUACAGUCAUUUGGUCAAGAAUCAGCACCAAAAACUUUAAAAUUAUUCACCUUUCUGGCUUCUGGGAGAAAUUUUGUAAUUACAGUAAAAUAUAAAUGUGUCAUUGUUGGAGAGCUGUAAAAUGCAUGAACACGUGUUCAGAACUAUAAAUAUAAUGUUCUUAAAGUCAAUUUAAGCUUUGCCUUUUUUGCCAUGAUAUCUAUUAAGCUUAAGAACAUACCUCCUCACCAGCUUUUUUUCUUUUUACCAUUUGGCAAACAUCUGAUGGAGAGAGGAUAUAUCCCUUCCUCAUUUGUUAAUGAAGCCACUUCACAGUACCACUAUGACUCUGGAAAUAGCAUGUGAUGAUAAAAUGUAAAGCACAAAAUACAUCAUUUUUUCAUGAGCCCGUGAAACAAAAUAGUGCUUAUGUCUUUUUAAUGAAGGGAUUCCUCUGUAAUCAACACAAUAUAUGGGCAUUGCUCUUUCUUCAACAGACUUCAUAGAUUUGAAGGUAAGUUAGCUUCUUUUUCAGAAGUUUGGGUUUAUACACCAUACCAUUCUGGUUUUUUUGCCUUGUGUUUGUCAAGUCCAUUUGACUUUCUCUUCAGUUGUUUUAAAGUGUAACUCAUGAGUAACUCUUCCAGCAGAAAUUCAAUUCACUUGUUGCUGUUUUUGCUCCUGUAUUUAAAAUUGAACUGCAUCACUACUACAUUAACAGUAACAAGAACUUAAAUCAGCCGAGUACAUGUGUAAUGCAGCAAUACACUGGGUGAGUAGUGACCUCAGGAUGUGCAAAUAAUAGUUCAAACUUCAACUUUGGGUUUGCAUUCCAGCUUUAUCAUAUGGAGUAUUCAUUAUUCUGUGGCACUCAGCACACGCAUUGAAAUUGUUAAAUAAUUUAGCAUAUUACAAUAUAAAUUAAAAUGAGGUUUUAAAAGUUCAUGUUAAACUCCUCCUCUUUAGAAUUAGAAGUAAUGCCUUGAGAUGUAGCAUUUUCCUAAUGUCAAACCUGCGAACAUUUAGCAGGUAAAAUGUGUCUGAUCAGCGGAAUGGAUGACUACUUUUGCAGUCAGGUUGUCUGUGUUGUUAAGGACAUCUUUAUGUGCUCUUAACUUUAUAGAAAUUGCUUCAGUAGAAAUCAGAGGGGGGAGCAUUUGAAAAAUGCAUUAUAUGGAAAUUCUACAAGUAGCUGUUCACCUUCGUUCUAAAGAAAAGAUUUUUUAUAGCAUGUUUGGUUUUCAAGCUGUGCUUCUGAGUAAUCUCACUGAAGUCAGAAGAUUUGCUCAUGCAGCUGGGAUGUGUAAGUAUCUGAUGUCACAGUUUGAAAAUUCUGUCAUCCAUUUAUCCAUCAGUGCUUUUUACCAGCACUGCAGUUUAUUCCUCUGCCUGGCAAUUGCUCUGAAUUUAAAUUCAUACAUGGCUUUUAUACAUGACUGUCUUGCAAUGCAUUAAACUCAUUUGUAGAAUAUUUUCCAAAAUUCUCAAGAGUAAAGACUGUUCUCUUUUCCCCAAAUCCUGGUGCUUGCCUUCCUUCUGUCUUUUUGGAACUGGCAGAGGAGAGGGAAGAUUGCCUACACUGAUGGGUGAAGAAUCGUGUAAUGAUUUUCAUAUCUCAGGCUUUCAGAAACUUGCAUAUCAAUUGACAUAGGGAACUAGACAAACUUUUUUAUCAUUUGAGAUAGUUCAAACAACUUUUUACAGCACAAGAAA